AUGCGGCCGGAUGGCUGCGGCUCGGACCUGCGGAGGGAGGCCAGGGCGCGGGAGCGAGCACCAGUGUGGCCGCGCCCGUCGGGCCGGGUGCCGGCGCGCCCCGUCCCGCCCGCCGAGCUCGGCCCGCGGCCGCGAGGCCGCACAAUCACGGCCCCGGGGCCCGCCGGCCCGCCGCCUUGCACGUCGCCCGCUCACCUGCCCGGAGCCCGGACACCUGCGCCGCCUUCUCCCGGAGCCUCGGGUCUCCUGGGCGGCCGCUCGCCUACUGGAAACUCAGAAGCUUCAUCUGAGGAGAAGUCUACCCACCACCCACCCGCCCCGCUCGAGAAACCCUUACUUUACGCUAUCUUCAGGGAUAGGCUUGGGAAAGAACGAAAAAGUCAGUACUUCGAGACAAUUCAGUUCUGCUGCCUCACAAAAGUAUUCGUUGUGGGGUAG